CCGCCGCGCUAGCCCCAGCUUAUAAAAAGGAAAAAAAGCGCGUGUGGUUCUCGAUGGUCGGCAGUCUGUGAACGGAAGCGCGUGGCCGUCUGCGGACUAAGGAAGCAUUCGAGGACGCGCCUGUUCCCGCCUCGCAACUGCCAGUGAGACGUGUUUGUUUCGCCUGGGAGUCUCUGGCGUCCCACAUAUUACCAUGGCCCUGGUGUCUGCCGACUCCCGCAUUGCAGAACUUCUCACGGAGCUCCACCAGCUGAUCAAGCAAACCCAGGAAGAGCGUUCCCGUAGCGAACACAAUUUAGUGAACAUCCAGAAGACCCACGAGCGGAUGCAGACAGAGAACAAAAUUUCUCCUUAUUUCCGAACAAAGCUGCGCGGCCUCUACACAACUGCCAAGGCUGAUGCAGAGGCCGAGUGCAACAUCCUCCGGAAGGCCCUGGAUAAGAUUGCUGAGAUCAAGUCUCUCUUGGAAGAGCGAAGGAUUGCGGCCAAGAUCGCGGGGCUUUACAAUGACUCGGAGCCCCCGCGGAAGACCAUGAGGAGAGGGGUGCUGAUGACCCUGCUGCAGCAGUCAGCCAUGACCCUGCCUCUGUGGAUCGGGAAGCCUGGUGACAAGCCGCCCCCUCUCUGCGGGGCCAUUCCAGCGUCUGGGGACUACGUGGCCAAACCCGGGGACAAGGUUGCCGCACGGGUGAAGGCUGUGGAUGGGGACGAGCAGUGGAUCCUGGCAGAGGUGGUCAGUUACAGCCAUGCCACCAACAAGUAUGAAGUAGAUGACAUUGAUGAAGAAGGCAAAGAGAGACACACCCUCAGCCGCCGGCGGAUCAUCCCGCUGCCGCAGUGGAAGGCCAACCCCGAGACGGACCCCGAGGCCUUGUUUCAGAAGGAGCAGCUCGUGCUGGCCCUGUACCCACAGACCACCUGCUUCUACCGGGCCCUGAUCCACACGCCCCCACAGCGGCCCCAGGAUGACUACUCGGUCCUGUUCGAAGACACUUCCUAUGCGGACGGCUACUCCCCUCCCCUCAACGUGGCGCAGAGGUACGUGGUGGCUUGUAAGGAGCCCAAGAAGAAGUGAGGAAGGCUGGCAGACACCGCUGGCUGCUGCCCCAAGUCCUCCCCGGAGAAGCCAACAAGGAUUUUCUGUGAGCAAAUAAAUACUUGUUCCUCUGCCCA